AUGGAGGCUCCUGUGCAUUGGGUGACGGGAGGAGGGCAGCUCCUGCCACAGGGCGGGCGGGCAUUGGGCAACGGGCGGGUGUUUUUUGUCUUGGAGGAGCAUUCUUUUCUCGUCUUGGUCAAAGACGCGGUCGUCGAGCACGCACCCAGUCCCAACUCCGGGAUCGGGCAAUCGGCAUUUCUGCAAUGCUACAAGCACGCCUUGAACCUUGCCACUGGUGCCAGCAAGGACUUCGCGAAGCAUUCCGAACCCUUCGAUGAACUACCCAACCUGGAGAGUAUGGUGGCGAUGGUGGAGCUGGAGGGGGAGCUCUGCCGCGUGCGCUUCACGGACGGAGCCGCGAGCCCGAGGUUCGAGAAGAUGCAGCAUGCUGCCAUCCAUGCCUCGCACGUCAUCUUGCUCUGUUUUCGACCGGACAAGCCGGAGACCAUGGCCAGCGUCAAGAAGAAGUGGCUGCCGCUGCUCUGGCAGAUGAACUCCGAGACUCCUUGGCUGCUCGUCUCCUUGCAGACGGACCUGCGCGAGCGCUCCAAGGUGGCGGGAGAUCAACUGCCCAUGGUGGCCCCGGAAGAAGCCGAAGCCUUCGUCCAAAGAUAUGGCGGCUGGGGAUAUAUGGAGUGCUCCGCUUUCUUCCCCGACACCGUCCAAUUGGUUGUGGACGAAGCACUGAAUGCCGCGAACACCUACUACGGGCUGCAGUGGCAGCUGCUUCCUCCGCAUGUUGCAGAGCCGAGCGACGGGGAAGCGAAGCCGUGCUGGACAGCUGCGCCGGUGCCGGGAGAGAUGGAUCUGUGGCUGCCUCACGAGACCUUAACCGUGCGGGACGACCCCGUGCCAGUCACAGAGGAGCAGGUUCGUGAGGGUUUGUCGCAGAUGGGCGACACGGGAACCCGGCAACAUGCCUACGUCCGGUGCGAUCUCGCCGGCAUGAACCUCACCUCCUUGGUGAAGAUCCGGCAAUGGGAGCAGCUGCAGUUUCUGAACGUCUCCCGGAAUCGGCUGCGGGGCUUGGAGCCCAUCGGCGCCCUGAGACAUCUGCUGCACCUGAACGCCAGCCACAACCUUCUCAUCAGGAGUCAGAACUUCACUGCACCGGACGGGCUCGAGACUUGUGACAUGUCUUACAACAUGCUGGCGGAGCUCGGAGAUUGGAAAGUGCAUCGCUUCCUGCGGGAGCUCAACCUGCGAGGCAACUACAUCGGCUACAUCGGCAAUGGGCUCUUGGGCAAUAAGGAGCUGCGCCUGUUGGACCUCUCCGAGAACUUGAUCCUUCAGAUUCGGAAUUUGGAGCACCUGGAGCUGCGGACGCUUAGCCUGGCACAGAACAAGCUGAGCUCCGUCGAAGGUGUGCAGUCCCUGACGAAGCUUCACAGCCUCGAUGUGCGACACAACAAUAUCACCACCAUCGAAGCCCUGCAUGCCCAGGACAUUCCUCGCUUACGCAAGCUACGGGUCUCGGAGAAUCGGAUUUCGCAAAUGAGGGAGGUGGACCAGCUGGCGGAUUUCCGGUUCCUGAGCGAGCUCUACCUGAACCCGAAUCCCGUGUCCCAGCUGCCGCAGUACCGCGCCCAAGUCCUGCACCGCCUGCCGCGGCUCCGGAGCCUCGAUGCCGAGCAGGUGAGCCCCGAGGAGCGCGUGAAGACCGAAGUGAUCUACGGUGCCGAUGUGGAGACGCGGCGGGAGAUCUUCGAGCAGCUGCUGCCCGAGGAGACCUUUGUGGACCGGCGCCUCCUGACCGAGGCCGGCAUCGCCCUGGCGGAAGUGGAGGAGUUCGGCCAAAACGGCGAUGCUGGGCCCUUUGGCCACUUCCUGGUGGGACCGACCUUUGGAGAUCCUCCCAGGACACGACUGCAGUACGGCAAGUUCCGUCAGCGGCUGGAGCUGACAAGACUGGGUGGGACUCCAGAGGGCGUGGCGGACUUCUCGAAUUAUCCUGCUCUCUAUCAGAAGACGGCCGCCUUCGAUGAGGACCUCCGCGAAAUCCUGGAGGCCGUCGCCGAAGGCGGUUGUGAGGAGCUUUUGCUGGGCGAAGCCCAGAUCACGCCACAAGGCAUUCGCGACAUCAUAGCCUUCAUGCAGGAUACGCCCUGCAGAUUAUGUUUCAUCAACCUUUCCGGCUGCUCCUCCGCCGCGCUGCUGGGGGCGGAGCUCCUGAAAUCUUUCCCCCUCGACCGGGGCUGCAGCAUCGAGCUGGAGAACUGCGGUCUGGCAGACUCCACAGUAGCGCGAUUGAGGAACAAAGCUGAAGACGCAUCGAGAGCCCUCGCAAGAGCCGCUGCAGAGCGCCAGCGGGUAGCACAGCGUUUGGCAGAGCACUGGGAGAUGCAGGACUACCUGGAAGAGAGGGCGGCAGAACAGCGCCCCAGCGAGAUGCCCGGCCCGCCACCUGCAAGGGCCUGCCAUCCUGCCCAGUGGCGUCCCGGGGCCGAAACCGCCAGCCAGAAAGCUUUGGAAGGCUUCCUCCGCGUCAAUCCCAACAAGCUGGUCCAGGCAUCUGCUGGACCGGUCGAGAACGGCUCCAUGUGGACCAUGAACGGAAAGAAAGGUGGCAAGAACUUCCAGCUCACAGCCGAGGAGCAUGCAAGCCUGUGCCAGAAGUUGGAGGACAUGCUGUUAGAUUGGGGCUGUGAGCUCGACGGCGACCAGGUCCAAGGAAGAGAGCUGCCACGAGCUUUCGUGAGCGCUUUCGGAGCCGACCCACGGCGCAGCCCGAAGCUCUUAGGCUUCAUGCUUUGGGAGGGCGUGGCUCCCACUGCACAAGCCAGGGGAGACGUGUACCGAAGUCCUGAAGAAUGGGAGGCGGCUUGGGCAUCCGAGCAGCAGCGCAUGCGGGCUUUGGCCGAGCAGGCCAGAGAGGAAUACGACUCCGGCCAGCAAGCUCCUGGAGUGGCAAGCGGUCAGAUGAUGGCCCACCUGAGCUUUCUGGCUGGCAGCUCGGAGCUCAAGGCACCCUCCGUCUUCGGCUUCCAGAAGGCGGAGGAGCGGGUGGCGCCUCGGCUCGGCGAGGACCUGCUGGCAGCGCUCGGCGAGGGGCUGGUCCUUUUGGAGCAGGUCCUUGCCGACGGCCUCGGCGUGAACAACCUGACGCUGACCCUAAGGUCCUUGUCCUCGGAAACCCUCCAGAUCGCCCUGCGCCGGGGGACCAUCUUUCAGCAGAAGACCUGGAAUCACAGGCAAAACUUGGUAACGGGUGUGGACUAUGUGCUUGAAGUGCCACCGGGCGGAUGCGUAACGAAAGAAGUGCUCGGUUAUUCCCUGAACUUCAACUGCCCGCCACCACUCAGUGAUGAAAUGCAUGUAACCGAGUUCUAUCUUGACAUUGGGCGCGUGCUUGGAAGUCAAGCGCUCAUUUGGGAUCACAUGCAGGCCGCGUUUCACAAGUAG